AUGGGGAGGCAGGUCAGCUACAGGUCUCACAUGAUCCCUAGCUACUACGGCAUGAGGCGACCUUUCAUUUCCGACUCGGACUUCUCUCCCAAGCAGUUCUCGGGCGAGGUCUACUCCUCAUCCCUGGGGGGCAAACCUCUGGGUUGUGACCCAUCGGCCAUGUCGGGCUACUCCUCCAUCAUCGACAGCUACUACACAGAAACGUUCGGAGACUACCGUAGUGCAGCCUUCACCACCGGAGGGAGCUCCAUCUUCCCCAGCUCAGCCCUGUCCACUCUGCUACCACCUUUCACUGGAGAGUCCCCCCACUUUCUCCUGAGAGAUUCGUGGGAGCAGCCAGUGGCAGACCCAGUGACCCAGGGAGAGGGCUUGUGUGCAGACGGCCUGACCUCUGUUCCAGUCUCCCUGCCCAGCCCCGACCCUCCCGGGAGCCCGUCACAGUACCGCUGCUCCACCCGCAGCUCCUCCGUGGCCUCGGCACAGCCCUAUGCCCUUCACCCUAUGGAAGAAGUACACUACCACACCUCUUACCCUUCCGCCUCCACUUUCACAUGCCCUUCCUAUAUGACUGUCUCCAACACCCUAGCCUCCAAGAUGGCCCCUCUAGCUAAUGAGGACUCUGACAGUACCCUCGCCACACAUAGUGACACACACUCGUGGGUGAAAGAAGAUGGCGGAAGCUCUUGGUCGCCAUAUGAGAUUCGGAGGUCUUAUUAAGUCCAUUUGGAAACAUCCUGUUCUUCACAGAAAACCAAAAUAAUGCAGAUGCAAGCGACUCAGCUCCUUGUGGUCCAAAUAUUUGACUUUGUAGACUUUGCUCAUCUCUUUAUAGAAGUACAAAGUGGAACUUUUGACCCUCCUAAGUCCACUGGUGACAUAAGAGUAUGUAAGAACUAACUCACUGGGCACACACUGGUUGAAUCAAUGUUGUUUACACGUCAUUUCAAUGAAUUUACGUUGAACCAACGUGGAAUAGACAUCGAAUUGACCUCUGUGCCCAGUGGGAACCCUUUGCAUGGGCACAUGACAAUGUAAAGGAGCAUUUAUGAUUCAGUUGUUAGACUUAGAAUGACUAUGCCUGUGUUCAAAUGUUUGAAAUAGAUGUGUUUUUAUAUAGUCAUUAUAUUAGAAAAACAUCGUUUUAAUUUAUAUACUGCCAUUGCGACAAUUACCAGUUUCCCUGAUGAAUCAAUGUUUCCUGUGUUUUGCUUUUCAUUUCAAGAAAUAAACAACAUAGAUAAUGUAUUGGGCAAUAUAAUGUGUAUUAUAAAUACAAUAUAAUAAAAGAGACUGCAAUAAAUG